CCUCCUCUCAAACCAAAACGCAUCAAAGUCUCUCUCCAAUUAUUGAUCAUGCAACAGGCAAUCUCAUACAGGAGUGCAUGGGCCACGCCGCCCAUCUCAGCCGGCCGCACUGCGGAGGCCGGGACCAUGGAGGCCGCAGUGUCCGAGAACGCGGUGACCGUGAUCGGGCGGAGUGGGUGCUGCAUGUGCCACGUUGCGAAGCAGCUGCUCCUAGGGCAUGGGGUCAACCCGGCAGUGUUCGAGGUGGACGAGAAGGACGAGGCCGCAGCCAUCGAGGAUUUGACCAGAAUUGCCGGAGUCAAUGGUGGCGGAGGGGGUGGCAAGUUGACCCCAGUGGAGUUCCCGGUUAUUUUCGUCGGAGGGAAGAUGUUCGGGGGCCUCGAGAAGGUGAUGGGCGCCCACAUCUCAGGCGAUUUGGUGCCGAUCCUUAGAGAAGCUGGCGCCCUCUGGCUAUGACGAUAUCAUACUGAUCACCCUGGCCCAUUCUCCAUCAAUCCACUUGGGCGAGCUGUAAAUCCAACGGACAACCGAUUAACAGCUUGAUAUCGACAAUCCGACCCGAUCUGUAUCCGUCCCGGAACAUGAUGAACAUAUACGCCAUGCUUUUGUACCUUUUGUAAUAUGCAGCAGAAGUUUAGGGAGUUCACAAAUGCAGGACCCGUUGUUAUUUCUGUUAAUCUUUAUUACUUUUUCCUUUUUUUUAAAAAAAAAAUAUGAACAAUUUUUUCAUCAUUAUUCAGGAUCCGUUGUUAUACAGGACUAGGGCAUUAGAAUAAAUUCUUGCUAAAAUGGGAGCCGAUCAUAUAGUAGAUUUGCAUUCCAUCUUUGCGCUAUCACAA